UCAAUAUGGAGUCGUGUGUGUCUUCGUACAGUGAUUAAAUAUUUAAUUUAAUGGUGUUAUUUUCAUACCUUAAGUGAUAAUAUUCCUUUGAAAUGAAACGAAAAAGUUUUCAUUGCCUGCUUUCAAUAAUUGCUUUAGGGUUUUCGAUAGAUCUGUGUAAUAGUUUGGACGAUCCUUACAAGACCCUGGGGAUUCCAAAAUCGUCCACAGUUCCUGAAAUUAAGAAAGCUUAUAAACAAUUAGCAAAAGAAUGGCAUCCUGAUAAAAACGACGAUCCAUCAGCUGAAGACAAAUUUGUUGAAAUAACCCAGGCUUAUGAGUUGCUCACGGACCCAGAACGUCGCAAGCAGUUUGACACGUUUGGUCGGAUGGAGGAGCCUCGACCACGUCAUGAAUACCGGCGCUACGACCCUGUUGACGAUCUCUUUGCCGGAACAGGUUUUCGGUUUCAGUACUCGGACCGAGAUAUCACACUCUUCCAUAAACUCUCGAUUACUACAAGGGCUUUUGAAAAUAUGUUGGUACCCAAAAGUUACCGCACCCCGUAUCUGAUCCUCUUCUACUCGGACUGGUGCUUUGCCUGUCUACAAGUGGAGCCUGUCUGGCGACGAAUCAUGGAGGAACUGGAGCCAAUCGGAGUCGGCAUUGCUACAGCACACGCUGAGAAUGAGCCGAUGCUCGCUCGUAGAGUCAGUAUCCACUCUCUGCCUUGUCUCAUCAUACUUGUCGACGGCAAACCCAUUGUCUACAAGGAAAGUUUAUUCAGUGUGCAAAAAGUUGUAGAGUUUGUGCGCAACAAGUUGCCGUACCGGUUGAUUCAGAGUGUGACGGAUGAUGGUUUGGAUGAGUUUCUCGCAGGCUGGGUGGACAACAAGGUGCGUGCACUGGUGUUUCAGCGACAGGGCCCGGUGAGACUGCGCUACCUACUGACCGCCUUCGCUUAUCGGGACAGAGUUGCAUUUGCGUUUGUACAGACCAACACAGCCAAGGGCGAGGCAGUCAGAGCCAGACUGCAAGUACCUCCUGACAUGGACUCACUGUUAUUGUUCAAUGAGAACACGGAGCGACCUGUGGCUAGUGUGUCCAUGAUCAACAUACCAGUACAGACGCUACAGGACGUCAUCAACUCUAACAAGUACCUGUUACUGCCGAGGCUCUCCUCUCAGGAAUUGUUGGACGCGUUGUGUCCUGCGUCUCCUCGUAAGCGGCUGUGCGUGCUGCUUGUCUCGCAGAACACCCCCCACCACGAGCCCCACCGACAGAGUCUGCGUAGGUUUGCGCAGGAAGCCAACUACGCAGACAAAGUAUGCUUUAUGUACAUUUUCCAGGAGCGCCAAGUGGAGUUUGUACACGCUUUACUUUCAGGUGAGAGUAGCCCAGGUCAGCCGUUGGUUGCCAUUUUGUGGCGUAGAGACCAGAAACACAUCAGGUACGAGUGGCUACCCGAGGGACAAGACUGGGCGAGUUACAACACGACCAAGCAGCAUCUGGAGCCAGCCAUCGAGAGGCUCCUUCGGGCUACUCAGGCUAUGACCCACGAGGCUGUGAUAGGAGAGCUGAUUGAUGAGCAGGCACAAGGGAUCAUCUCUAAAGUCAUCACCAAACUGCUCAUCACCUACGACAUCUUGCGAGACAACCUGGACAAGGAACACAUCCUUCCUGUGGUAUCUGUCAUUGCCACUGUCGUGGUCAUACUGGCAGCCGGCUACUUGAUGGCUUACCUAAUGAAACUGGAAGAGACACGGGUGCAAGAGGAGUUUGCAAGUAAACCGCGCAAGGGCAAGACCGCAGUGUACCAACCGUCGCUGAAGCUACACGAGCUGCGCGCGGAGACGUACAACGGACUGGUUCGACUGCUGCGGCCGGGUUGUCGGACAAUACUUCUGCUGUUAGACACCCAGAGCAGACCUGUCCUGCUGCCCAAGUUCCACAAACACGUCUGGCCGUACCGCAAAAACAAGACACUCAUGUUCGCUCAUCUAAACCUUGACAGAGGACUCUCAUGGUACAAAGAGCUUCUACAGCUGAGCCUUGCUGAGUCUCGUGAUCAGCCACUAAACGUCAACCCUCGUAACUGCAUUGGCACUGUGCUGUCUCUCAAUGGCCUCCGCAAGUACUUCUGCAUGUACCACGCCAAACACCCCGAGUGUCUGGGUACAAAGGGCACCCGGCGGAUGAAGAGGAUGACCAAACAGCUGUCUGUGGACCCGGCUGGCUCCUUCAUGGGCUUUGAUGAGACAGACUCAGAGGAGAGUGACCUCUCAGAUGUGGAGCAGGGACUCAAGCCUAUAACUCAGAACGGUGACAAGUAUAGCCAUGUGAUUUUCCAAGAGAAUCUACUCGAUGGGCUUCCAAACUGGCUUGACAGAUUGUUCGAGGGAACAACUCACAGAUAUUACAUCAACUACUGGCCCGACUUCAACGCCAAAUGAGAGCCUUCGGUCAUCCAACGUACAUGUAGUUACGGUCAUCGGUGACGUCGCACGAUCCCUACGCGUUUAAAUAUUUUUGUGUUCGGAUUUUUUAUAAAAGUUUACAUGAAUUCAAAGGGUAUUAUUUCAAUAAGUAAUAUGAAUAUGUUUAUAGAUCUUAUCUGGCAAUCGAUUCAUUUACUAUCACGUAGAGUAUUUGUUAUGAUUUUAUUCAAAUAUUAGUAGAUUUUAUAAUGUUGUAUCUUGAAGUGUUUUUGUCACACAAAAAAUAAGGAGAACAAAUUUAGUACCUAUCCUAUGUGUAAUAAUUUUUAGUUUUAGUUUUUAUGUCUUUUUUUAACACUAGACUAAAAAAGCUAAACACAAUUUAAAACAAUCAUUUUAGAGGCAGCCUACCCUUGAAAUAUUUAAGGUAAUUGUUAUUCCAGUUUUUAUUUUAUUUAUUAUUUUAUAGAUUUUAAAAAUAAAAUUUUGUUCGUUACAUGUUAUACUAAUGAACUACUCUUUCUAAUUAGGCUGUGAAUUGUUAAGUAAAAUGUUGUCAAAGCCUUUAAAAUCAUAUUCCGGUUAAACUCGUAGUAUUAUAUCAUCAACAUCGUAAUGAAAUAUUUAACCAUUAUCAUCAAGGCCCUAAUCAAAAGUUAAAUUUCUUUUACUGCUAACUAAUAUAAAGUUGUAUUAACAUUUUAAUUUAUCAUGAUUGUGUUUUAUUUUAUUGUUAAAUUGUUACAAAAAGAAACUAUUGUUUGCAAUGUUUUAUUGUUUAGUGUUCAAUUUCAUGUUCAUUGUCAAUGUUUGUACAAUGCUUGUUUCAUAUGUGUACAUAUUACUGUAUUGUACAGUUUGUAUUGUUAUAUACUAGCUUGUAAGCUUUUAUUAUUACUACAGUCAUAGGUAUUAAAUACUGAAAAGUAAUAAGAUAGAACAUGAUGUAAAAUUAAAAUGUGCACUGCAUGUGUGAACGAGAAACCCACCACUUUAUGUAUUGUAGAACAAAUCUUUUGUUAUGUGUAUUUAUCAAGUAUUGCAGUAUUUUUUCAGCCCAUCAUUUGUUUUUUUUGUUUUUUCAACAGUCCUAGGUGUUAUAACUAUCAUGAAAUAAUUAAUAAUUUGCAUUUUUGUUUAAGAGCUUGGUGAACAAAUAUAUAAGUUAAUAGUGUAAUCCAAUACAUUUUUAUUUUAUUGAUUAUUAGUGUCAACUUGCAAUAUAGGAAUGUGGUGCUAUAUAAAUUUAAAAUUAUUUGAAACUAGAAAAAAAUAUUAUGCUUUUAUACAGAUAAAGUUGUUGCAUUUAUUGUAAAACUACAAUUUAUUUACAUACUUUUAUAGCCAGUGUUAUCAAAAUAUUCAUGAGUUUUCAGUUUUCAUUCAUGGUAAUAACGUUAAUUGUCAUAUGAAUAUUGCCACAUGAAAUUAAUAUUGUCAUGUGAACUUUCAUAGAUAUUUUGCCAUUACCGUGAAUGGCCUUUUCAGCGUUUGAAUAAAGAUUAAAGUGUUUGGGCUGAUAAUGAAAGCAAAAAACAUCAAAAACAUCAACUCAAUAUCUCUCUGGUUAGUUUAUGUGAUGCCGCUGAAAUCUUGAGCUAAGGAGAAGAAUGAAGAUGAUAGACUUAACAUUUAAGAAUUCAUGUUUUAAGUAUAAAAGGAGCACAGUGGUUUUAAAUAAUUUAGUUGUUAUAUUUUCAAUUAUAUAUAUAUAUUUAUCUCUUUGGGGUUGUCAUAUAUGAAUCUCUCUACAUCUAAAACCUGUAAGGUUUCGCCGCUUUGUGGAGCAAAGCUAAAUAUUUUCUAAUGAACUUUAAUUUAUGAAAAUUCCAUUUAUUACCUAGACCUAGUGUUUACUAUAGCCCUUGCCAAAGUAUGCUAUUAACCUUUCUUUAAGUUUACUUUUUAUCAAAAUUGUAGAUUUCAGCCAGCUUCCUGGGGAACUUCUGUUUAAAUAUGCUAUUAAGCUUUUUCACAAACUCUUUACCUUAUAUUGUUAGUGGUUAAUUUACUCAACCUAUCCAUUCCUUCCAUUUACAUUGCUCUCUUUCUUAAUGAUUUUCAAAAUCUGUUGAAUCAUUCUAGUCAGCCAUCUUGAACUGUAUAUACCAUAUUAGUAUAGUUUUUAUAAUAUAAGUGAAUGUUUUAAGUGGUCAUCCUUGCCGCUGAUUUUUACAGGAACAUUUAUGUGUUGACGGAAAGUUUUUUUGUUAAAAUGUUACCCUAUUGAUUUUCAUCAAUUCUGGGACUAUCAUAUUUGUUAGGCUACUUGCAUUUCUGGGAACAACCUAUGUACAACUUUGGUUUAUACCUGAAGUAAAAAUAUUUUUUAACUAUACUGUAUCAUUAUUAUAGUUUACUACGCAAACUAAUCUGUUAAAUGAUCCAAUCAGAGUAGGUCUUGGAAACAAAAAAGACUGUUAAUUGAUACAUUGUGUGGUUGAGAAUGAGAUUGAAAUGCUCAACCAUCUUAUUACACAAUCAGUACAAGAAAUGUACAUACUUAGCCUUGUAGCAUACCCGUUAUUCAGAUGGUAUUCCUCCCAGAAGAAUAACAACUUUUUAAUAUAAUAAAGUUAUUUCAUUUUAAA